GUUUAGGUCGCUUGCUGAUCUUUGAGGUACUCGCUACUCAGUACUCACAAAGUCGCAACUCUCACAACUGAGAAUUCCUAUUCGCUCUCUUCGACGAUUCGGCUUUUCAAUUAUGCACUUCUCCUAUUAGGCCCUCAGUUUAUUUUCGUCCCGACCAUCAAUAAUGUUGAAUUCCGAAGAGCGAAGUAAUGUGGAUGAAAUAAAGGAAUCCCAGCCUUCAAGCCCUAUGGCUGAAGGGGAUCAACAAAGCGAGGUGAAAACUGAUGAUAAGUCCGAGCAAGACGACAAAAUUUCUGUAACCUCGGCAAACAAAUCAGACAGAGAUGGAAACUGUUAUUGCGGAAAAGAAAGGAAUUUAAAUAUUGUUGAACUCCUUUGUGCCAACUGCAACAGAUGGUUUCAUGAAUCUUGUAUUGGAUACCAAUUAGGAAAACUGGUACCUUUUAUGAUGAAUUAUGUUUUCGUAUGCAAAAAUUGUUCCAGCUCUGGAUUAGAAAGCUUUAAAAAAAAUACACCAUUAUUUCCUCAGAUAUGCACAACCGCUAUGGCAAAUUUAAUGCAAGCGAGCAUAAAAGAAGGCAUACCUAAGAGCAAAUUCAACAAGGACAAGGAUAUAAUACCAUUUAUAGAAUCGCAUUGGGAAGGAUUGACGACGUUCGCUCGUAGGAUCAAACAAUCCAUGCACUCUUCAGUAAGAUUUCACUUUUUUUUUUUUAAUAAAAACAAUUCUAAAAAUUCUUCACCCCAGGUUUUGAGAGCGCUCGUUAAAGAAACAAAUAUAAAUUUUGGAGUCGAAGACACGCCAGACGAAGGCACUGUUUAUUAUUUGCUUCAACAGGAUCUUACGCAGAUAAAGCCAAAUUAUGAAGCGAUGAUAAAGCAAGGACAGUUGAAAGUCACUGACAUGGGAAUACAGCAUGGUAAACAAGGGCUUAAGCAUGCAUCUGGAGGUCCUGGUAUAAGACGGAAUACUAAAAGAAAGCUUCCGGAGUCUGGACAGGUGGGAAGUAAAAAAGCAAGAGGAGAUGUCUCUUUGCCCAAGCUGCCUGCCCAUGGCUAUCCGUUGGAACAUCCUUACAAUAAAGAUGGCUAUAGGUAUAUUCUAGCCGAACCUGAUCCACAUGCACCUUUUCGCCAGGAAUUUGAUGAAAGUAGUGAUUGGGCGGGGAAGCCCAUUCCCGGUUGGUUGUAUAGAACUUUAGUGCCUGGUACUGUUUUAUUAGCACUCCAUGAUAGAGCUUCUCAGUUGAAGGUUUCUGAUGACCGUUUGACAGUGACAGGUGAAAAAGGCUAUUGUAUGGUUCGUGCAACUCACAGCGUGAGUCGAGGUACAUGGUAUUACGAGGUAACAAUUGAUGAUAUGAAAGACGGUUCUGCUUCGAGGUUGGGCUGGGCGCAAGAAUAUGCCAAUUUGCAAGCCCCGUUGGGCUAUGACAAAUUCGGCUACGCUUGGCGAUCAAGAAAAGGAACGAGGUUUCAUGAGUCAAGAGGGAAGCAUUAUAGUGAUGGUUAUGCUGAAGGAGACACUUUAGGAUUUAUGAUUGAUUUACCGAUUGACCGUCGAAUGGCAAAAGUUCCUUGCACAUACAAAGAUAAGCCUUUAGUGAAAUUCAAGAGCCAUCUUUACUAUGAAGAGAAAGACAGGGUGGCUGAAUUUUUAAAGAAGCUGAAAACGCUUCCUGGAAGCAAGAUAAUGUUUUUUAAAAACGGCGUCUGCCAGGGCACGGCAUUUACAGAUAUUUACGGUGGGGCUUAUUUCCCAUCGAUUUCACUACAUAAAAAUGCCACUGUCACGGUUAAUUUUGGUCCAAAUUUUAAAUACCCGCCGAAUGAAAAGAAGUUCCAAUACAAUGGAAUGCAUCAGAAAGCCGAAGAAGCGAUUUGCGAACAGACAAUGGCCGACAUGCUUUAUCUGACUGAAAAUGAUGGCAAGCUACGUCUGGAAACUUACGCGGUAUAGCUAGAGUAAAAACCACAGCUCGGCAGCUGUGGUUUGAUCUAGGAUUCUAGAUUAACAAUUUAAUCAUCUGUACCUCCUGUAUGUGAUCUCACUUUGUAACUUUGGUAUCAACGAUGUGAUUUUAAUUGCAAUUUCUUUUUGUAACUCGCCUAUUGAAAACAUCUUAAGUGUGAAACACAUUUUGUUUUUGUUACAAUGCAUAAAUUCCUUUUAGUAUAUUUAAUCCGUUAAAAAAAAUUAAUCUGGUGAAUGACUGUGGUCAGUUUGAAUAGUAAUAAGAUGUACAGUGUUUGAAAUUAAUUUUACAAUGAAAUAUUUGAUAUUUUAAACUGGUAAUUGAAUAUUUGAACAAUUAUUAUGAAAAUGAUCUUUUACAGUUUUGAAAUUACUUGGAAAUAUAGUUAUACAUUUGUUAUUACUAGAAAUAGAAUGUAAAUAACUGAAUUGGAUGAUAAUAUCGUACUCCAACUUUUUAAAUAACAUGAAAUAUAACAGAAGUAGGUGUCUCAAUUAUUAAGAAUAAUUGAAAUAAACUAUAUUUUCAUCAGUAAUUAGAAUAAUUGUCUAGAGCAGAAAGUUUGAAUGAAUGUCGGUGAAAGAGCGAGAUUUGACUUGAAGAUGCUCCAGUGUCGUUUGGUGUGUCAAAUUACCAAUGAAUGAAAUCCAGCUAUUAUUUGAUUACGCUGGUAUAUUUCUAUGUAUACUUUUUAUAAUCUUCCUCAUACAAAAGAAUAAAAUAAAUUUUUUCAAUUUAA